AUGUUGCAGAGUGCUUGGAAUAGCAAUAUGGCUAUACGUGAUGUAAAUGAAGUUAUCACUGCCUUAAAGGGUAAGCUAAUGGAAAGACAUUUGAUGUCGAAAAAAAUCAGGGAAUUGAAUGAAGUUCUGGAACAAAUGAAUGAUAGCACAAAUAGAAUUAUAGUUGAGAUGGAUAAUAAAGUGAACGAUCUUAAUCACGAUUGGGAAGACAUUCUGCAAAGCCAACAUAUUAAAAUAAACAAUAAAAUCAAAGGAUUAUGUGAUUGCAGUAAUUAUAAAAAAAAUUACGGCAAAUGGGCAACAGCAGCAAAUGUAAAUGACCCAUUAUGGCGCAUUGAAAGGCGAUUGAUACAACUUGCCGAUAAACUGGAAUGCACCCAAAAGAUAGAACAGACUUUACAAAAAGGUAUCGACAUCCUAAGCUGGAAUUGCUGUUGUCAAUCACACUCAUCGCCAACCUCUUCCAACGCUGACAGCACAGAAAAGUACGGAAGCGCAGAGAGGACGAAACUCAUAUUGGGUUCGCAGCAAACCAACUUUCCAACAAUUUCUGAACUUAAUGGUGUCACCGAAAUGGUCGGGACUUAUUUACUGUGCUUGAAAAAUCUAGAACGGGCGAUGAAAUCAUUACAAGUAAUUGAGCAUAUGCCAGUUUUGUUUGGUGGUUGCGCAGAAGGUAUCUCAAGUAUUCGAGAUGUGACAUGCACCGCUGAAGUCCUUGAACGGGUGAAUCCAUGGGUGAACCAUGGAGCUAGCCGUACUCUACAAUGGAAAUAG